GAGCGAGAGAGAGAGAUUCGGAGAUCAACCUGUGUCCGAAAGCCUUCUCUCUCUCUCUCUCUCUCUCUCUCUCUCUAGAACCGAAAGCCUCUCUGAUCUUCGCCCAUUCGACAUGAACGGGAAGGCCAACGUCUCCAAGGAGCUCAAUGCCCACCACAGAAAGAUUCUCGAAGGGCUUCUCAAAUUGCCUGAGAACAGGGAAUGUGCUGAUUGUAAGACCAAAGGUCCAAGAUGGGCUAGUGUCAAUUUAGGAAUAUUUAUAUGCAUGCAAUGUUCGGGAAUCCAUAGAAGUCUCGGGGUACAUAUAUCAAAGGUCCGAUCAGCUACUUUGGACACGUGGCUUCCAGAGCAGGUUGCUUUCAUACAAUCCAUGGGCAAUGAGAAGGCAAAUAGCUAUUGGGAGGCAGAGCUACCCCAAAAUUAUGACAGAGUGGGAAUUGAGAAUUUUAUUCGUGCAAAAUAUGAGGAGAAAAGGUGGGUUUCCAGGGAUGGAAAACCCAAGUCACCUUCUAGAGGACAAGAAGAAAAGGAUACUGUACAGUGGCAGAGACCUGGCGAAAGAAGUGCACAGAGAUUUUCAGGCAAGCCCGAGAGUUCAUUUGAGCAAAGGAGGACCAGCCAAGCCUCUUUUACAAAACACAGCAAUCCUGUUCCUCCUAAAGGACCUGAUCAGGUCACUGCCGGUCCAAAACUGCAAGAUGCUAAAAAGACGGAAAUGGCUGCGACACCUGUUGAAGCAAUAAAAGAAACUGUAGAUACUGCUCCGGCUGCGUCUCCUCCCAAAGUUGAUUAUACUACUGACCUUUUCAACCUGCUAUCCAUGGAAGCUCCAAAUGAAAAGGGUUCAGAGGCAGCUUCCACAGAUGAUUGGGCUGGUUUUCAAACUGCUGGAGCGGCAGCCAAAACUGAGAGAGAAAAGUCCAAUAACUCAAAACCUGUUGAAAGUAGCACUCAGUCCACUUCUGGCUUUGAGGAUCUUUUUAAGGACGUCACUCUUGUUCCCUCAGUUUCAGAGAAACCUCAGAAAGAUGUGAAAAAUGACAUAAUGAGCCUUUUUGAGAAGAGCAACAUGGUUUCGCCAUUUUUGAUGCAUCAACAGCAACUUGCGAUGCUGGCACAGCAGCAGUCCCUUCUCAUGGCUGCAGCAGCGAAAUCUGGUUGUGUGGAUCCAAAAAUUCUUGGUGCUACACAGCAACCUGGUUUAAAUGGCACUAAUUACCCUAUGAUGAACUGGCCCAACAUGGGUCAACAAGUUCCAGGGAACACAUAUCCAAUAGGCGGACAAGCAGAUUUACAGACAUUCAUGCUGACGAGCAACCUACCAACUCCACAUCUGUUGGGGAACUUCUCAGACAAUUCGACAUCAAGCAUGUAUACGAUGGGGCAAACUAUCAAUGUCAAUGGUCUCAUGUCUGCUGGGGUUACCAACCAUCAAUCGACUCCCACUGUUGCAUCUGCUUCUCCUUCAACACAAUCUGGGAAAGAGUUUGACUUCUCUUCGUUAACCCAAGGCAUGUUCUCAAAACACUGAGUAAGUUGCGAAUGCAAAUAUUAUACAAUCAGGAGAGAGCAAAAUUUUAUAGGGGACGGUGCUUGGAACUUCUUUUGUAAGCAUGGGUCAUAAGCAAUUUGUUAAGGGUUGAUUUGGUUUUUCCGUUCACUUAUUGGGUGGUGAUUUGUAUGGGUAGCCCUUCUGAGUAAUAAAAAGUAGCUCAUAUUGAUUUGAAUGUCAUCCUCAAGACUGACAUGUUUCAUGUAUUAUUGUUGUUUGACGAAAUCAUAGGUCUGACAUUGUGUGUGA